AUGGGUGAUAUUAUUAAAUCAUAUAAUAAUGAAGAGAAUCAAAUAUUAGGAUGUCAACACUACCCUAGGAAUUGUAUGAUCAAAGCAGAGUGCUGUGGUAAAUGGUUCGUUUGUAGAUUUUGUCAUAACGAAGCUACUCGUACACACGAGAUAGAUAGAUUCGCAACCAAGAUUAUUAAAUGUAUGCUAUGUGCAAAAGAACAACCAGUCGGUGAAAAAUGUAUUGGUUGCAACACGGCUUUCGCAACUUACUUUUGUCAACACUGUAAAUUCUACGAUAGUACACCCAAUAAAUUGAUAUUCCAUUGCGACGGUUGUAAAAUAUGUAGAGUCGGUAACAAAAAUGAUUUCAAACAUUGCUUUAAAUGUAAUGGUUGUUUAAGUGCUAGUGGAUUCGAAAAGCAUAAAUGUUUAGAGAACAAGUUUGAAAAUUGUCCGAUUUGUCUAGAGGAUAUGUUUAGUAGUAGAGAUCCACCGGUUACACUCAAGUGUGGACAUGCACUUCACGAAAGUUGUUAUAAAUCAUUGUUGCAAUCAACUCAAUCCAAUUGUCCAAUCUGUAAAAAACUUAUAUAUGAUGAUGUAAAUUGGUCGAAAUUCGAUGAUAUUAUUAGAAGACAACCGAUGCCAGCAGUCUAUAGGGGUUCGACAUGCUCUAUAUUCUGUAAUGACUGCGAGGCUCGAUCGAUGGACAUUGAAUUUCAUUUCCUUGGUAACAAAUGUACAAAGUGUGGCAGCUACAACACUACUAUUUUAUCAAAGAAUAUGAAGAUCGAUGAGAAUGCAAGAGAUGAACCAACUGACAAUAACAACAACAACAAUAAUAAUAAUGAAGACGGUGAAGAUUUAGAAGACGACGACGACGACGAAGAUGAAGAUGGUGAAGAAUUUAGUUUUGUAGUAGAUGAAGAAGAUGACGAUGAUAUGGAAGAUGAAGAAGAAGAAGAUGAGGAUAAUCAAGAUGUUUCAGCAGAUUGA